CCUUGUCUGCGGUGAAUAUCCGGGACUUCAUAGUUGAAAAAUCCAAGAUGGAGGAAAUAGGAAUUACUAUCCAAAGUCAGGAUUCAAGCCGACCCACAACUGCAGCGAUCAGUUCCUUGUCCACUGUAGAUCCCAAUGUAGAUGAUCUUUAUGCAAAGUACAAGAAGCUUCAAAAGCAGCUGGAGUUUUUAAAAGUCCAGGAAGAAUACAUCAAAGAUGAACAGAAAAAUCUCAAAAAGGAGCUGCUACAUGCACAAGAGGAAGUGAAACGCAUCCAAUCUGUUCCUCUGGUUAUUGGUCAGUUUUUGGAGGCUGUAGAUCAAAACACUGGAAUUGUUGGCUCAACAACAGGGUCAAACUACUACAUUCGCAUACUCAGUACCAUAGACCGGGAACUUUUGAAACCAAGUGCAUCUGUUGCCCUUCAUAAGCACUCCAAUGCACUUGUUGACGUCCUUCCUCCUGAGGCUGAUAGCAGUAUAGCAAUGUUAACUGCUGAUGAGAAGCCAAAUGUAGCCUAUGCAGACAUUGGUGGAAUGGAUAUACAAAAGCAAGAAAUGCGAGAAGCUGUUGAGCUCCCUCUUACACAUUUUGAGCUCUACAAACAAAUCGGUAUUGAUCCACCACGAGGGGUUCUUAUGUAUGGUCCUCCAGGAUGUGGCAAGACCAUGUUAGCAAAGGCAGUUGCUCAUCAUACAACAGCAGCCUUCAUUCGUGUUGUGGGGUCAGAAUUUGUCCAAAAAUAUCUUGGUGAAGGACCCAGGAUGGUUCGUGAUGUGUUUCGCCUGGCUAAAGAAAAUGCACCAGCUAUAAUUUUUAUAGAUGAGAUUGAUGCAAUUGCCACUAAGCGAUUUGAUGCACAAACAGGAGCUGAUAGAGAAGUACAAAGAAUAUUGCUUGAGCUGCUGAAUCAGAUGGAUGGCUUUGACCAGAAUGUAAAUGUUAAGGUUAUCAUGGCCACAAAUCGUCAUGACACUCUUGACCCUGCAUUGUUACGUCCUGGUCGACUGGAUCGUAAGAUUGAAUUCCCCUUGCCAGACAGAAGACAAAAACGUCUCAUCUUCUCCACAAUAACAGCUAAGAUGAACCUGUCAGAAGAAGUAGAUUUAGAGGAUUAUGUUGCAAGACCAGACAGAAUUAGUGGAGCUGAUAUCAAUGCCAUUUGUCAAGAGGUAUGUUUCUUUUUUAACAUGCAGAGUACUAGUACUCCUCAUGCAGGUGUGGUUUAAGUACUUCUGUUGUUAAAACAUUAAAUUUCUCUCAUGAUGAUUUUAUGUAAGCAUCUGUUUCUUGUUUUAUUAUACACCUGUAUCAGUUAAUGAUUGAGUCAAGCUGCAUUGAGCAAUUUGGGUUGGACAAGACACUCAGAAGUUUGAUUUUGCAAUGUGUGAACCCAGCUAAAAUUGUUUGCUGCUGCACAUGGUUUUGAACUUGAUGAUUGAAAUUGGCUGACACUUGCACAAAGACAAGACCCUCAAUUCAUAAGCAUAGCUGAACAUACCAGCCAGAGGUGUUAUCUGUCACUUUGCUUUGAAUUACAGUGAUUGUUGAAUUAAUGAGGAAGUGAGUGAAUAACUGCUUGAAGGGGAGAAAUAAUUAUUUAUGAAUGAGAUCUGGGAGGUGUAAGGGAGUUAAAAGAUAAACAGUGUUUUCUAGAAAAAAUGUGUUUCUUUUUUU